AUGAAUCGCAAUUUGGUGGCAUUCUUACUUUGUGUGUUGGCUACACUCCAACGUCCUGUUACAUCAUACACACACGAUAAUGUAAAGAGCCUGCUUACAAACAUCUUUACUGUCAACUCGUACAACAAAAUGGUACGUCCUACUGCGGAUCAAUCUCGUGCAUGUUUUUUGUAUGUAAAUCUAUAUCUGGUAGGAAUAACUGAUAUCGAUGAGGUACAAGAAAAAAUGACGUCCACGGCAGUUUUAGAGCUGUAUUGGAUUGAUGAAUACAUGACAUGGACGCCGUCAGAUUACAACGGCACCGAAACUAUAUACAUCCCACAGAAAAAUAUAUGGAAGCCAGACAUAGCAUUGGAUAAUGGGUUUACAAAAGUAACCGAACUUGGUGACGACUUUUUGCUGACAAAAAUCCAACACGAUGGGGAAGUUGAGUGGCGACCAUACGAUGUAUUUGAGACCAAAUGUUCUAUCGAUAUUCUUUAUUUCCCUUUUGAUAAACAAACGUGCGAUAUAAAAUUUGGAGUUUGGACGAGUCCAUUGAGUGAAAUUGAUGUCGAGUUAGGGAGUAGGGGUAUUCUACUUGAUUUUUACCAACCGAAUGGUGAGUGGGACAUCCAAGCAACAUCUGCCAAAUCUACAGAGUCAUUAUUAGAUGGAGCUAUUGUGACGUUUUCAAUUACAGUAAAGAGGAAACCUCAAUAUAUUCUCAACAACGUUGUUCUGCCAAUCGUUAUGUUGUCAUUGCUUUCUGUAUUUGUCUUUACUCUUCCGGUCGAUUGUGGUGAAAAGAUGGGCUACAUCAUGACAGUGUAUCUUGCAUUUGCUGUUUUUCUAACAAUCGUAAGUGCGUCACUUCCGGUUAGUUCUUCUAUGUCGUUGUUGAGUAUGUACCUUAUAUCACUUCUGUGUUUGGGUACAGCUAUAGUAUGCAUAACUACAUUGGAACUCAGAAUUCACUACCGUGAUAAUUCUCGUGAAAUACCUCGGAUCGCCAAAAAUAUGGUUUAUCUAAGUAAAAUGCUGCGAUGCGUAAGGUCAAAGAAGAUUUAUCCAAAAACAAAGAAAUUUAAGUCGAGUUUCUCAAAUGAAGAAGACCAAAUGGAAAGUGCAACGGCAGUAGACAGUGGGAAACCUCCGAUAAGGACAGUGCUCGAAGAACCUGAGAUGGUCGAGGAAAUGAUCUGGCCGGAUGUGACUGCCGCAAUAGAUUUUUUCUGUUUCUGGUUUUUCUUGCUGACAAACAUAAUCGCGACAGUUGGUAUAUUUGCAGACGGCUACGUUAAGAGCAACAAUUAG